UUCAGAAUUCCGUUUCUUGCUUGUGACGAGCUUCCUCUUUUUGUUUUCAAGAAGAGUCACUCUGAUACGCGAAAUGCGAUGGCACUAUCAUCCCACAUUUUCCACAGACACCAUUGACUUUCAUUCCUCAUGAAUUUUGCCCAGCCUUCAGUUUCAGACAUGUUUCAAGUUUGAAACAUUGCCAACCUCACAGCAGAGGCAGCAGAUUAGAUGGAGAAGGCCCACUCUUUUCAUUGACCCACAAUGAGACAUCCACUUUUGGAUUGUUGUUCCUUGACAUCACUUAAUUUACUACAGAAGGAUUUGCCUUUAUUUACAUGGAGGAUGAUAGAGAUGCAGAGGAUGCUAUCCGGGCCCUUGAUCGGAGAGAAUUUGGUCGAAAGGGACGCAGACUUCGUGUAGAAUGGACAAAGCAAGAACGUGGCAUUAGAAGGCCCGGUGGGUCUAAAAAAUCUUCAGCUAAUAAUAGACCGUCAAAGACCUUAUUUGUUAUAAAUUUUGACCCAUAUCACACUAGGACCAAAGAUCUGGAGAGACAUUUUGAUCAAUAUGGGAAGAUAGUGAGCGUAAGAAUUAGAAGGAACUUUGCAUUUGUUCAGUACGAAUCACAGGAAGAUGCUACCAAAGCGUUGGAGGCUACAAACAUGAGCAAGUUGAUGGAUAGAGUUAUUUCAGUGGAAUAUGCAGUACGGGAUGAUGAUGAAAGGAAAGACGGAUAUAGCCCCGAUAGAAGUCGUGAUAGGUCACUAGAGAGAGGUCGUGACAGAAGACGUUCCCCGAGUCCGUAUCGAAGAGAGAGAGGUAGCCCUGAUUAUGGCCGAGGCUCCAGCCCUGGUGCAUAUCGGAGGGAGAGAGGUAGUCCUGAUUAUGGCCGUGGUCGUAGCCCAAGCCCCUAUAAGAAAGAGAGGGCUAGCCCUGAUUAUGGCCGUGGCCGCAGCCCAAGUCCUUAUAGGCGAGAGAGGGCUGGCGCCGACCAUGGCCGUGGCUCCAGCCGCAGUCCAAACCGAAGGGAAAAGGUGAGUGCUGACCGUGGCCAUGGUCCUAGUCAUAGUCCAUACAGAAGAGAGAAGGUGAGUGCUGACCGUGGGCGUGACCGUAGUCGUAGUCCAUAUGGAAGGGAGAGGGGUAGCCCUGAUGAUGGUCGUGAUCCUAGUGCUAGUCCCUAUAGGAGAAGAAGGGCUAGUCCUGAAAAUGGUCGUGGCCCCAGUCAUAGUCCUCUAGAAAGAGAGAGGGCUGAAAUUGAUAAUGGCCGUGAACCAAGCCCCAAUUCCGUACCCGAUCCCAGGGACAGUCCCAAUUACGGCGGGCCUGAGAGCCCCAUGAAUGAGAGGUACCAAAGCUCUCCGCAAGCAGAGGAAUGAUCUUAACAUUGCUCGUGAGAGAAAGGCAUUGCCGUUUUUUCUCGGUGACAGAGAGUUGAUUGUGUUGUAAUCUCCUCUUUAUGACUAGAGUUUCGAUUUUUAACGUCUCAACCUAUGUAGGCCUUCGGCGCUUUGUUAGAUGUUAUUAUAAGAUACUUGUCUACUGUAGUUUUUCUGCACAAUUUUAUGGAUUCUUAAUGUUCCUUUUCUUCUUUCUUUAUAAGAAUUAUUGUUAGAACUUGUACUUGCUCCUGGGUUGGGCUUGGCUUUUGAUUUAAUUCAUCUCCAGAUCAUGUCAGAGCCGUUUACUGUAAACGUUGGUAUGGUUGCGGAUUGGUUUCUGCGAACUCAAAAAGUAUCUGUUUGCUAAAAGUCAACCCUAGUCAAACUAAAAUAUUGGUUUUUA